AUGCUGCUGCACUUGCCUUUCCUGCUGCCGCCGACCUACUUGGUCUUGAGUCGGUCGGCGCGGCGUCUGCUCCUAGCGGGAGACGCCGCUCAGGCAGAGGCAAGGGGGGCAAGGGCGCGAGUGGAGCUGGCGGGGGCGGUGGAGGUAGCGGUGGAGGCGGCGGAGGGAGUGGGGGUGGCGGUGGGAGUGGUGGCGGGGGUGGUGGCGGUGGUGGCGGCAGCGGAGGCGGAGGCGGUGGCGGCGGCUGUGGUGGGAGCGGAGGCGGCGGUGGUGCCGGAGAAGGAGGCGGUGGUGGCGGAGGAGGUGGAGCCGGUCGGGGUAGUGCCCCGCAGCGGAGCGGCUCUGGUGGUGCGACCGCGCGGGUGA